AUGUUACAAGAAAUAAAAAAUUUAGUACCAAAUUUUGAUCCACCGAAUGUUAUGAUUGAUUUCGAGCGUGCAAGUAUGAAUGCAAUUAAAAGUUUAUUUCCGACAUCAAAUUUAAAUGGAUGUUUUUUCCAUUUAUGUCAAAAUAUUUAUCGUGCUGUUAUAAGAUUUGGUUUAAAAACAUUAUAUGGUGAAAAUGAAGAUUUUGCGCAACAAAUUCGGUGUUUACCAGCAUUAGCAUUUUUAUCAAUUACUGAUGUUAUUCCAACGUUUGAACAAAUUAAAUCUCAAUUUCCAGCUGAAGGUGAACCUGUAUUAACUUAUUUUGAAGAAAAUUAUAUAGGUGUUAAAACUCGUUUAUCAAGACCACGCAAAGCACCAAAAUUUGAUAUAGAAUUAUGGAAUGUUAACACAAAUACAUUGCACGGUCAACAUCGAACAAAUAAUGUGGUCGAAGGUUGGAACAACAGAUUCUCAUCGUUGCUUAAUUGCAGUCAUCCAAAUUUUUGGAAAUUUUUAAAAGGUUUAAAAAAGGAACAAUCUUAUGUCGAUGCUCAAAUUAUUCAAGCAGAAACUGGUGCUAGACAAGCACGAAAACGUGAACAAAUUCGUCGUGAAGCACAUAUUUUGAACUUAUUAAAUGAACCAACAACAACAAACUUCGAAAAAGUACGUGGUUUGGCUCAAAAUAUUUCAUUAAAAAAUUCAUAA